UUCCCGGUUUUCCCUCUUUCCCUGGGUUGCAGCUGCGUUCCCAGCGCCAAGAGCUGGCUGGAGCGACGAGGGGGAGCCUGAGGAGAAACGGGAGCGCUUCGUGGGCAAAAGAGUCCUGCGCAUCACAACUUCUUCCCGAACACCUUUGAGAUCCUGAGCUGUCAUUUGCCUCUCCUCCCCAGCUCACCUGCAAGUGCUGGAUUAUGCUCGUCACGUUCUCCCUUUGCUUCAUCAUCUGGUUGAAUCGUGGCUUCAAGUUACGGGAACGACGGGGCUGUACUUAGGGCCCGGCUGUUCAUGCCAGCAGACCCAGGGAACUUUCACCUUCAUGCAGAGCUCUUGAGAGGGAAGUGGGACAGCCAACCUCAGCCCACUCCUCUUUUCCACUUUUUUCCUCGCCGGUGCAUUUGCUUGGUUUUUUUCCAGGGGACUAUGGGGAGCACUGAAGGCUUCCAGUAUCGGGCCCUCUACCCCUACCAUAAGGAACGCAACGAAGAUAUCGAUCUGUUACCCGGGGACACCUUGGUGGUGAGCAAGGGGGCCUUGCAGGCCCUGGGCUUUAAGGAUGGAGAUGAGCAGAUGCCGAACCAGAUUGGCUGGAUUCUAGGGGUCAAUGAGCGCACCAAACAAAAGGGGGAUUUCCCGGGCACCUAUGUGGAGUAUGUGGGGCCAGUGAAAAUCUCCCUCCCGUCCCAUCGUCCCAGGGUCACCAGGCCCCUGCCCGCCACUCCUGGAACGGGGGCAUCCCACGCUCCGGAGGAACAGGGGGUGACACUUCCAGAACUUUCCGAGCAGUUUGCCCCACCUGAAGUCGCCCCACCUCUGCUGUGUAGGCUGGUGGAUGUGAUUGAGAAGAAAGGGUUAGACAGCAAGAUGCUCUACAGAACAUCUGGCUCCGAACUAAGGCAAGCACUGAGAACCGACUGGGCUGUGACCGGCUGCGAUUUGGAGGCCUUAGAUGUGCAUUCCCUGGGCGAGGCUCUCAAGGGAUACCUGCAAGAUCUGCCGACCCCCGUGGUACCCCCUUGCGUGCAGGGCGAAAUCUUACGAGUGCUCCAAGAUGUUACCCAACCGGAGCUUUGUCAAAAGCAGUUGCUUUCGGUGUUGGAGUCUCCAGCCAUGCCUCUGCCACACCUCCUCACCUUCCAAUUCCUGCUCCGGCACUUUUCCAAGGUGGCUGAACAAGCUGAAAGCAAUGGAUUGUCUCCUCGGAAUCUGAGUGAGAUCUUCGGGGUUCUGCUCCUUCGGCUCCCUGCAGCUGCCAGGUGGAGUUGCCCAGACUCCACCCCGCAAGGGAUUAUGGGGUUGUUAAAAGAAGGCGAUGAAUGGAAGGACUUCCUUGAUGAGAUACCAUGGGGUCUCCAUGCUCCUUUUCAAAUAGUAUGGCGGUCUUCCAAGACAGAGUUGAUAGGGUUCCUUUCAGCCAUCCUGGUCUUCUCUUUCCUAGCUCUGCCUCCGAAGCCACCCAAAGCGAAGCCUGCAGCAGUCUCUCUAACCAACGGGAAUGGGACAACCCUGCAGGAUGCAGAGUGGUACUGGGGAGACAUCUCCAGAGAGGAAGUGAACGAAAAACUCCGAGACACUCCCGAUGGUACCUUCCUGGUGAGAGAUGCUUCCAGCAAGAUCCAGGGUGAAUAUACAUUGACCCUCCGGAAAGGGGGAAACAACAAACUGAUCAAGAUUUUCCACCGGGAAGGCAAAUAUGGCUUCUCAGAGCCGCUGACCUUCAGCUCUGUGGUGGAACUCAUCAACCACUACAGGCACGAGUCCCUGGCCCAGUAUAAUGCCAAGCUGGACACUCGGUUACUGUACCCGAUCUCCAAGUACCAGCAGGACCAGGUGGUGAAGGAGGACAGUGUGGAGGCAGUUGGGGAGCAGCUGAAAGUCUAUCACCAGCAGUACCAGGACAAGAGUCGAGAGUACGACCUUCUGUAUGAAGAAUACACACGCACCUCGCAGGAAUUGCAGAUGAAACGGACGGCCAUUGAGGCCUUCAACGAAACCAUCAAGAUCUUUGAAGAGCAGUGCCAGACGCAGGAGAAAUGCAGCCGGGACUACGUGGAGCGCUUCCGGAGGGAGGGGAAUGAGAAGGAGGUGCAGCGGAUCAUGAUGAAUUCAGAAAAGCUGAAGUCUCGCAUUACCGAAAUUCAUGACAGCAAGAUGAAGCUGGAGCAGGACCUCAAACAGCAGGCCUCCGAAAACCGGGAGAUCGACAAGCGCAUGAACAGUCUUAAACCUGACCUGUUGCAGCUGCGCAAACUCCGGGACCAGUACCUAGUAUGGUUGACCCAGAAGGGGACUCGUCAGAAGAAGAUCAAUGAAUGGCUUGGUAUCAAGAGUGAAACUGAGGACCAAUACUCCAUGAUGGAGGACGAAGAAGACCUGCCCCAUCACGAUGAGCGGACCUGGUAUGUAGGCAAGAUCAACCGCACCCAGGCAGAGGAAAUGCUGGUGGGCAAGCGUGACGGAACCUUUCUUAUUCGGGAGAGCAGCCAGCGAGGGUGCUACGCCUGCUCUGUGGUGGUGGAUGGAGACACAAAACACUGCGUGAUUUACAAGACGGCAACAGGCUACGGCUUUGCAGAACCUUACAACCUCUACGCCUCGCUUAAGGAGUUGGUUUUGCACUACAAGCACACCUCCCUCGUGCAGCACAAUGACUCACUCAAUGUCACGCUGGCACACCCCAUCCUCUCCCAGCCUCCGCCGAGAUGAACACUUGUCUUCCCUUCCCUACCAUUCCCCGCUUCCUACCCUUCCAGAACCUCCGAUGAAUGUCCUGCCUUUCCUUGACUUCCCCACGGGAAUCAAAAACAAACAAACAAACCCCCAACCCCUCAGAUUUCCUUCUUGUGUUCAUCGUUAACUCUGCCUAUUGUUCAAUACCUUGCUUUCCAUUGGUGGCUCUCCUCUUUCUGCUUCCUUUUCCUCCCUACCCUCCUUUCUCUAAAGCUGGCUUGUUGUUUUUUCUUUCAGCCUUGACCAUGUUAAGCUAUUUGGCCUUUGGCUCAGCACGCUGGCGGGAGAAUUCUGGGAAUUGAAGUCCAUGCAUCUUAAAGCGGUCAAGGUUGAAAAUCACUGUUCUAAGCUAACUUUUUCUUUUUCCUUUUUUUUUUUUACAUUUGCUGCUGCAUUUUGAAUUCCUUCUUCACUUUCUCCUAGUGGCUUUUGUUUUGGUGCUAGGGGGUCCUACUUUGGGCACGAUCUCUGCAGAGAAGCUAUUCUGGGGGUGGGGGUGGGGGGUGUAGAAAAGGUGCUUCGUAGGCUGGCAAUCCCUAAGAACUUGGGAAGAGACCAUUAUUUCCUUUCCUCUUUUUUCUCCCUCCUGGAUUUGCCUGGGAAGGGCCGGAUGAGGUGGUUUAAGAACUCCUCAGGCCUUGCCUCCGUCUACGUUGGCAUUCACCUGGCAAAACUCAGCCUGCCUUGCAGCGACCCUCCUGCCCCCGCUCCCCUUUAGCUGGCUUUCUUUCCGUUCCCCAGUGUACAGUGAUAUGACAGUAAUCUGUUUUUAGCUUCCUAUGCAGCUGCUUCUGUUUUUAAAUAUGCAAAAAUGGAGAGCGGAAAAGAAAACUCCCAUUAUCAUGGUCUUUGGAAGCUUCUCCCGACUCUUUCAAUCUGCCUUGCUUUCCAAGCACUUUACCUGCUGCUGAGCGGGCGGUGGGGCAGAGGGAACGAUGCCCGAUUCAAAUGCCCUCACACUCCACAGCCUUCCCCCCAUGGCUCCAUUUAACCAGGAUGCAGAGCCUGCCUCUAUCUUUGAACCCGGACGCUGAGGCUAGCAAGCCAUGCUGGAGUUCCUCAGCCUUCUCAUGACACCAGGGGUCAGAACAUCCUUUCUGACAGGGCUCCGCUUCAGCAUCCCCCAACCUGUCCUGCUUCUCAGGGCCGUACCUGUCCAUAUUUCUGGAUGAACCUGGAGACCGGUGGCUUGACUGCAUGCUCUUUGGCAUAAAGCCAUAAACUCAUUUCCAAACUUGUGCCCAAAAGGAAGGGGGAGGGAGGAAGUUCUCGGUAGUUCUCACUCGUAGGUUUUCGUCUACCUGUAUUGCCUGGCCUGAUUUAUGCAGCGCUGGUUUCCAUUUCCAAAGGGCUGGUCUAAAGCCAUUUGAUCAGCACAACCCAUAUCGCACACACAACCCUGUGGUUUUUGUCUCGUGCGGGCACAUGGCACCGAAUGCUCUCUUGGUCUGAGCCUGCUUUUUUUUUUUCUUCCUCUUUCAUCUUCCUGUCAAAGCCCCUUUUUGAUGCCAUUGCUAACCUCCAGUAAAGGAUGGAAUUAUUAUUCUUUAAUUUUCAUUGUUCUUUUCCAGUUAGCAAGGAGGAGGGCUCUUUCUCGGUUCACGGCCAUAUGCCCCUCUGGAUCUGCAUGUUCCUCCCCUGCAGAACAGAGUGAGCUCGAACGAAUGGAUUCCAGCAGCAAAAGUUUUUUGUGUGUGUGUGUGUGUGUGUGUGUGUGUGUGUGUGUGUGUGUGUUCUCAUCCUAGAUAUAUGCAAUAAUACCAAACACCUCUCUUAUUUCCCUUCCUCACAUCAUUCCAGCCAUACUUUCCAGGCUCAUUCACUUUAAAAAAAAAAAAGGAAAGAAGUGUUUAUUACAUCAUUGUAAGCUUCAGUAUUUGCGUCAGAAUUUGUUACUGUAAGAUAAAAAGAAAAUGAAAAGUUUUGUACGGUACUUCAACAUAAAAAAUAAUAAAAUGAAAUGUGUUAAC